AUGGCCCCAGACUCAACACAAAAUAACGACCGCUCGGCAGCAGCCGCAGCAACGAUAACAGCGACCGCAACCACAACAACGACUCAACAUUAUACCAUGAAGACUUCUACGAGACCACCCCUGGUCUCAUCGCAUUCACAUCACUCACAUCACUCUCGCCAUUCUCAAGCCAAUAUGCAAUCCUUCCGCUCUAAUAGGUCAACAACUCCACUGGCGUCACCUCGCAUGCCUCAUUCUGUCGGCCAAACUUACCCCCCUAGUACUAAAUUAUCUCCCGUUAUAACGGAUAUGCGAUCACCAAGCCCUAAUUAUUUCGGUCUAAAUCUUGACCAUUCUAAUGCUGAUAUUCGAGACUCGGCCGUUGCCCCCCUCGAUCAUUGGAGUCCCCCAAGCUCGUCCGUGAAAUCGUUCGGUGCCGCGAUACCGAAACAAGUACCUCUCGAUGCUAACCCCGAAUUCGAGGCUUUCAGGCGUCAAGUCGAUGCGAAUCGAUCUAAGGGAUUCAACCUAGGAAGCGCCCAUUUCGCGCCGGUCCAUUCGCCUUUGUCGACGAGACCUAGGCCACCACGCCUACCGACCAAUCAGAGCGAUAGUGCUUCCGAUUUAUCUAGUACCCGGUCCCUCAAUGGCAGAAGCUUCGAUAGUGCACCCAGCCGAAUGGAUAUCGAUGCAGAUAGUCUACACGACUCGGCGUAUGUGUCCUCGGAUUCGAAGAGGAAUUCGGAAGUAUCGCUGAAUCCGCCAUCUUUUAGCAGCAUGUCUCGUUUUGAGUCUCCUGUCCAUGCUGACUCACCAUUCGAACCCCUACGUAGAACGACGUUGUCUAAAAAUGAAGAUCGGCAUCCACGACUUUCUCUGCCGCAAGAGAAGUUGGAAGCGUCGUUAGAGCCUAUGAAAGCUCGUGCUGAGACUUUACCGACGACGCUUGAGAGCGGAGGACCUGGUCUCAUCCCAUCAACUCAACUCAGAGAUAUGCUUACAUAUAUGCCCGAUAACGAAUUCCUUCUACUAGAUAUUCGUGUGAAUACUCACUAUGCUCAGUCCCGAAUUCGCGGUGCUCUAAAUCUCUGUAUACCGACGACUCUGUUGAAGCGUGCCACGUUCAAUUUAGACAAAUUGCAGCAGACUCUUCAGACCGAAGAGGACCAGCAUAAGUUUGAGCAAUGGCCAAGCGUCAAGUAUCUCAUAAUAUACGACGGAUCUUCGACCGAAAAGCGCGAUGCCGUCUCGGCCAUGAACAUGUUCAAGAAGUUCUCAAAUGAGGGCUUCACCGGAAAAUCGUAUCUUCUAAGGGGAGGGUUUCAUACUUUUUCCACCGAGUAUCCAACCUUCAUCGAUCGUCAGUCUGCUUCAGAACGACCAGGCACUUCGAUUACCUCGCCGAAUGGCGGCCGACCGAGUUUCGCUCCCGUGAUUGGUGGUGUAAUGCUUCCUUCUAAUGCCAAUAAUCCUAACCCAUUCUUUGGUAAUAUACGACAGAACAUGGAUCUGGCCGAUGGUGUUGGACAAAUGGAUAUCUCCUUGCCAUCUAAUCUAGAUUCUAGUACCCUUCCACGAUGGCUUCAAGACGUAACCAAGUCAUCGGACCAUGGCAAGAAAGCGUCUGAGAAGUUCCUGAGAAUCGAGCGUAGUGAGCAGUCUCGCAUGAAGGAUGCUUAUGCCUCUUUCAACACCUCCGUACCACCAAGUGAGAUGCCUGGUAGAGUCCGUCUUUCUGGGGUAGAGAAAGGUGGCAAGAACCGUUAUAAAGACAUCCUCCCAUUUGAACACGCUCGUGUUCACCUAGCUGAUCGACCCGAAGGAGUUUGCGAUUAUAUCAACGCCAGUCACGUUCAAGCCUCGCGCAGCAACAAACGAUACAUCGCGUCGCAGGGACCUUUGCCAGCCACCUUUGAUGAUUUCUGGUCGGUGAUAUGGGAUCAAGAUGUCCGUGUCAUCGUCAUGUUAACUGCAGAGUCGGAAGGCGGCCAACUUAAAUGCCAUUCGUACUGGCAGAGCAAGGAAUUUGGGUCUAUUAGGCUUAAGCCAUUGUCUGAGAAGAAGGUCUCGCUUGAUAUUGAUAAGCAUCGACCAACUCCUGGCACGGCAUCAUCUGCACACAAUGCUGCAGAAUCUGGACGGCGCCGUGCGAAUACUACUACGACGUUCGAAGCCGCGCAAAACAUACAGCCUCCUCAAUCGCAACCCGAGACGCCCUAUGUAAUUGUUCGGAAAUUUGCAUUAUCGCACUCUGCCCAUCCAUUCUCCCCUAUUCGGGAAAUUACCCAGCUGCAAUAUGCCUUGUGGCCUGAUUUCGGAGCGCCGGCGCAGCCAUCUCAUCUGUUGGCACUUGUUGAAUUGGCUAAUGUGAUGCAACGUGCGGCGUUACCAAUCGAUGCGAACUCGAUUGCCGCCUCUGUUGCUACCGAAAACCCAGCAGCUAUGGGUUGGUACGAUGAGCCUGAGUCCGAUGCGAACGCAAGACCAAUGCUCGUACAUUGCUCUGCCGGAUGUGGUCGUACUGGUACAUUUUGUACUGUUGACAGUGUAAUCGACAUGCUUAAGCGACAGCGACUAAGUGCGAUCAACCGAUCAGAUGCAGAUGGAGACGUGUGCAUGAAAGACUGCUCCCCUGUUCGUCAUCGGAGUACCGCCACCAAUGGUGGCGUCAAGUCCAAGCCAAUGGCGAACGGACACAAGGAGCUUCAAACCGAUUGGCUCGAAAACGCAGGCCUCGAUUUGGUUGAGAUGACCGUGGAAGAUUUUAGAAGACAACGAUUGAGCAUGGUACAGAGCUUGCGACAAUUCGUCCUCUGCUAUGAGACCGUAGUAGAAUGGGUAUGGAGACUUCAAGAGAAGAACAUUAGUAUGACAGGAGGCCGAGGAAGACCACGAAGCGAGAUAUUAGACUUUCGAAAAUGA